AUGAGAAGAUCUACGGCUAGCUUACUUAUCCUGGCUGUUUUGGUCGUGGGAGUUUAUUCCGCGGCUAUAGAAGGACCCAUUGAUUUCUACAAACUGUACGAUAAUCCUGAGGCGCAUGUUAGUUUCAAGGGAAAAGCAACCACGGCUGACCGCACUGCCGCGCAUGGAUAUCCUUCGGAGCAUCAUCAUAUUAUAACCGAAGAUGGUUACAUCCUGGGAGUAUUCCGUAUUCCCUACUCCCAUAAGUUGCAGAACCAGAACGCAAAGCGACCCAUUGUCCUUCUUCAACAUGGUUUGACGAGCUGUUCGGAUGCCUGGAUAUUGCAAGGACCUAAUGAUAGUCUGCCAUACUUGCUGGCGGAUGCGGGAUAUGAUGUGUGGAUGGGCAAUGCUCGGGGUACUUCCUAUUCUAGAAAUCACACAACUCUCUCCACGGAUCAUCCAUUGUUCUGGCAAUUCAGUUGGCAUGAGAUCGCCAUCUACGAUAUUUCGGCUAUUAUUGAUUACGCCUUGAGGACGGAAAAUGGUGAGGGUCAGGAUGCCAUCCACUAUGUGGGUCACUCGCAGGGCACUACGGUGUUUUUUGCCCUGAUGUCUUCGAUUCCCGCCUAUAACGCCAAGAUUAAAACCGCUCACUUGUUUGCCCCGGUGGCUAUUAUGAAGAACUUGUCUAGCCCUUUGGUGCGCUACUUGGGUCCCUAUUUGGGCCACAGGAAUGCCUAUUCGAUCCUCUUUGGCUCCCAGGAGUUUUUGCCUCACAAUGAGUUUGUCAUGGCAUUAUUCUUUAACAUUUGUCAACCUGAUGUCUUUUACCGACCUGUGUGUGAAAGUGCCAUGAAAACUCUUUAUUCUGGAGGUCGAGUGAAUAUGACUGCCAUGCCGGAAGCUAUGGCCACCCAUCCAGCGGGCUGUUCCACCGAUCAAAUGUUGCACUAUCUACAAGAACAACAAUCGGGCUACUUCCGUCAAUAUGACCAUGGAACCAAGAAGAAUCUGCAGGUUUACGGAUCCGAGGAACCUCCGGAAUAUCCUGUGGAGUUAAUAAGUUCCCUGGUGCAUUUGUGGUAUGCGGAUAGUGAUGACCUGGCCGCUGUGGAGGAUGUUGAGGAAAUAGCCGGUAGAUUACCAAAUAAGGUGAUGCAUCGCAUGGCGGAUCCGGAGUGGAAUCAUGGUGAUUUUGCCCUGAACCGGGAGGUCCGCAAAUAUGUUAACGAGCCUGUGAUUGCCAUAAUGGAGGAAUUCGAGCUGAAGAACAGCGGAACGUAA